ACUCAGACUCCCGCAUUUCCGCUGUGUCCUCGUGUAGCAUGGAUUACACUACGGGCAAAACAUCCCAGGGAAGUGUCCAAGGAAGCCGCUCGCGUCUAGGAGAGAGUCCGUAGUUGACAAAUGGACUUUCCUGCUUUCUUGCUCCUGGCUCGCCCCCUCUUCCCUUGGAAGGCACGGUGAUACGAGUGAGUGGCUUCUGCCUCUUCCGGGACCGCCUUUGAGGCUCCAGAGCCUCACCUGACUUUCCCAGAGAGAGGGAGGCAACCGGCUCCUUCCGCCGCCCGCAGAGGAGGGUCCUGGGGCCGGAGCGUGUGGGAGGGAGUGAGGCCAGAGCCGCUGCCCAGAACCGGGAGGGAGCGAGGAGGAGACGCUCUGCCAGACACAGGCGCGCCGCGAAGAGCUCAAACUUUGGUGGGCAGCCACGUUGGGGCUGAAUGUGACCAAGCAAGAAGAUGGCCAAGAUUAGCACCCAAUACUCCCAGCCCUCCGGGACCCACCUCGCUGUAAGGACCACGGACAGAGAUCUCAAUCACAUUGAGAACGGCCUCAGCAGGACCCACUCUCCAUGCCAGGAGACGUCGUCAGAACUGCAGGAAGGCAUCGCCAUGGAGACCAGAGGACUGGCUGAAUCCAGGAGAAGCUCCUUUACCAGCCAGGGGCCAGCCAGGCUGUCGCGGCUCAUCGUCUCGCUGCGCGCCUGGGCCGCCAGGCACUCACACCGCGAGGACCAGAGGCCCGACUCUUUCCUGGAGCGCUUCCGCGGAGCCGAGCUCAAGGAGGUGUCCCGCCGAGAAAGCCACGCCCAGGCAAUCGUGGGCAGCCAGGAGCCACCGGACCGAGGCAGAAGUGACUGGCCCCUGGCCAGAAACAAUACGAACACCUGCAACAACUCCGAGAAGGAUGACAAGGCGAAAAAGGAGGAGAAAGAGAAAAAGGAAGACGAGAAAAAAGAAAACUGCCCCAAAAAAGAGGAAAAGAAGAAGGACUCCGUCGUGGUGGACCCGUCCAGCAACAUGUACUACCACUGGCUGACCAUCAUUGCCACGCCUGUCUUCUACAACUGGUGUCUGCUCGUGUGCAGGGCCUGUUUUGAUGAGCUUCAGUCCGAGCACCUGAUGCUUUGGCUGGUCCUGGACUACUCGGCAGACGUCCUCUACGGCUUGGACGUGCUGGUGCGAGCCCGGACAGGCUUCCUGGAGCAAGGCUUGAUGGUCACAGAUGCCGACAGGUUGUGGAAGCACUACACAAAGACCUUGCACUUCAAGCUGGACAUGCUGUCCCUGGUCCCCACGGACCUGGCUUAUUUUAAGCUGGGCAUGAACUGCCCGGAACUGAGGUUCAACCGCCUCCUGAAGUUGGCCCGGCUCUUCGAGUUCUUUGACCGCACAGAGACACGGACCAACUACCCCAACAUGUUCAGGAUCGGGAACCUGGUCUUGUACAUCCUCAUCAUCAUCCACUGGAAUGCCUGCAUCUACUUUGCCAUUUCCAAGUUCAUCGGCUUCGGGACCGAUUCCUGGGUCUACCCAAACGUCUCAAUCCCAGAGUAUGGGCGCCUCUCCAGGAAGUACAUUUACAGUCUCUACUGGUCCACCUUGACCCUGACCACCAUCGGUGAGACCCCACCCCCCGUGAAGGACGAGGAGUAUCUCUUUGUGGUCAUAGACUUCCUGGUGGGCGUCCUGAUUUUUGCCACCAUCGUGGGCAAUGUGGGUUCCAUGAUCUCGAACAUGAAUGCUUCCCGGGCCGAGUUUCAGGCUAAGAUUGACUCCAUCAAGCAGUACAUGCAAUUCCGCAAGGUGACCAAGGACUUGGAGACGCGGGUGAUCCGGUGGUUUGACUACCUGUGGGCCAACAAAAAGACAGUGGAUGAGAAGGAGGUGCUCAAGAGCCUCCCCGACAAGCUGAAGGCGGAGAUCGCCAUCAACGUGCACCUGGACACUCUGAGGAAGGUCCGCAUCUUCCAGGACUGCGAGGCGGGGCUGCUGGUGGAGCUGGUGCUGAAGCUGCGGCCGGCAGUGUUCAGCCCCGGGGACUACAUCUGCAAGAAGGGGGACAUCGGGAGGGAGAUGUACAUCAUCAAGGAGGGCAAGCUGGCUGUGGUGGCCGAGGACGGGGUCACCCAGUUCGUGGUCCUCAGUGACGGGAGUUACUUUGGGGAGAUCAGCAUCUUGAACAUCAAAGGGAGCAAGUCAGGGAACCGCCGGACGGCCAACAUCAGGAGCAUUGGCUACUCGGACCUGUUCUGCCUUUCCAAGGACGAUCUGAUGGAGGCUCUCACCGAGUACCCUGAGGCCAAGAAGGCGCUGGAGGAGAAGGGACGGCAGAUCCUGAUGAAGGACAACCUGAUCGACGAGGAACUGGCCAAGGCUGGGGCGGACCCCAAGGACAUCGAGGAGAAGGUGGAGCACCUGGAGUCCUCCCUGGACACCCUGCAGACCAGGUUUGCACGGCUCCUGGCCGAGUACAACGCCACCCAGAUGAAAGUGAAGCAGCGUCUCAGCCAACUGGAAAGCCAGGUGAAGAUCGGUCUUCCGUCUAACGAGGAUGCUCCCGGGGAUGCUCCACAAGCAGAGACCGCACAACAGUGAAGACGCGGAUGCCUGUCCCCUGCUUCCCAGAGUCAGUGGUCAGUGUGCUGCUGUCUGUCUGCAGCAGCACAGUGUGGGACAUGGCCGGGGUUGAAUUCCAGCUUUCCUUACCCUUUGUGAGCUGUGUGGCCUCAAGAGAGAGCCUCAGUUUCUUCAUCUAGGAAACAGGACUCAGUACGUCGGCCCCAGUCAGGUGGCAGGUUACCGUGAGCUGCGUGAUGCAGGGCUUUGUAGAGUGUGAGGUGUCCCCAGUCCACGGGUAUGAAAGUGCAAGGGCAGAACUCUUAUUUUUUUUUAUCCAUGAGGAAUUUUUAGACUUCUGAGCUUCAUUUUUUUUGUAAAUAGAAGAUUAUUUCAUCACCCACCCCCUCCCGCAGUACACUCCACCACCGUCUGAUGAGGGAGAGGAAACAGAAGUGGAAAAUAACUGUGGUAACAAAUUCGAUGCACGAGACAGUCUGGGGCAUAUUUCUGACUCUGGUAUCUCCUCGUGUGCUCUUUGGGACCCUAGGAACCCUGGCCUUUGGUGGUGCUGUGACAAGCAUAAAGUCAGGUUGCCCCAUCUGAGGUCACUUCAAGUCUGACAAACAAAUCCAGGCUCCCAGCCAUCUGGCCCCUGUGACACCGGAAUCUGUUUUAUAGAAAAGAGUAUCUCCGUUUGGGAAAGACACAUCUCCAAACUUGCCAAGAGGGUUCAAAGACAGUCUCUCUCCUGGCAUCCCUGACUCGGGGAUCUGGGGCAGCCUGUUCUGGCUUUGAGUGAGAGUUAUGUUCAGGGGAGAGCCUCUCGGUUUGGAGGUUGAAAUGGGGUCCCAAGCAAAACAUGCUGACCACUAGGAUUUUUAGGAGUUGAGACCCUGAGUCCACAUCUUUGCAAGCUGCUCCUUUAUCCGCCAAGAGGAAGCCUCGCUCUCCCUUGGAAUUACACCCUGAGGCAAAGCUCCUGGCUAGCCGAAAAUGUGCAGAGCGUAGAACCUGGCUCUUUUUGUUUAAUCCAGUCGCUAGAAUUCCAUGGACAUUUUGUAAGAUAGCUAUAGAUUUGGGUUCUACGAUUGUGCAUUAUAACCUUGAUGGUCCAUCCUUGGCUUAAUACACUUUGUCAGUUACCCAGAGAUGAUUCGCUUGCUUGAUGCAGAGAAGCCACAGAGGCAGGUUUCCCGGCUUUUCUCUUCAAUCUCCCUCUCUGUCUCCAUCUCCCCUCCCCACUUCUUCCUUCCUUCUCUUCUCUUCUCCCUACUUGUCUUCUCAUUCUUUUUUUCUCAGACAAGAUGCCCCAUUUGCUUUGGCAACUUUCAGGUCUCUGAUGUUACAAUCCAUACACUAUGUAACGGGCCCCUGAUGUAGUUCAUACAAAAGGUGCUGCAUUUUCAGGGAUGUAUUUUGGAUCUCUGUGGGUCUCCUCUGUUUUUUUCUUUUUUUUUUUUUUUUUUUUACUAUGGACCAUUUGACCAUUUGAACUUUUAAAAAUGAAUUUCAAAGGCCUAUUAAAGAAGAGUGUGAUCCAAGCUCAUAUCAUCCACAAAAUGUAACUGGCCAUGUGCAUAUAUUUUAAAAGCCUUAACGAUUAAGUAUGCCUACAUCCAUAUUUGCACAGAAAAA